AGUUGUACAGGAACUUUUCCUCUUCCAUGUCACCAGCACUUUACUGAAAAGUCAGACGGGAGAUGAGCGAACAGCCGGUACAGGCGGACUUCCCCCCCGAACACAUGCUGGACCUGGACGAGGACGAAGACUUGGAAGUGUUUAGUCAGAAUAUGUCUCUGGCGGAUGGAGGCCCAAUGCCCAACUCCCCUGGCUCCAUGGUCAACCAUUACCAGCUGGAGGAAGAGGCCCCUGUCGGAGGGAAGGACCUCUUCAUCACCGUGGACAACCCAGAGAGCCAUGUCACCGCCAUCGAGACCUUUAUCACGUACCGAGUCUUGACCCAGACCACCAGGAGUGAGUUUGACUCCAGCGAGUACCAGAUCCGCCGACGAUACCAAGACUUUCUGUGGCUACGAAGCAAACUGGAAGAAAGCCAUCCAACACUCAUUAUCCACCCUCUCCCUGAGAAGUUUGUGAUGAAGGGGAUGGUGGAGCGCUUCAAUGAGGACUUCAUCCAGACCAGGAAGAAAGCCCUGCAUCGCUUUCUCAACAAGAUCGCUGAGCAUCCCAUCCUGUCCAGCAGCAGUCACUUGAAGGUCUUUCUCACUGCAGAGGACUUGAUGCCUCACAGAAAACAGGGACCUGGCUUCCUCAGCAGAAUGGGAGAGACAGUGAGAGCGGUGGCUAACUCAGUGAGGGGGGUCAAGAGUCGGCCGGAGGAGUUCACCGCCAUGCAGGAGUACGUGGAGGACUUCGGGAACAAGGUCGCCUCUGUGGACCGGGUCACUCAGAGGAUCAUCAAGGAACAAAAAGAGUAUCUGGAUGAGCUGCAGCAGUACAGCAACACCUACACUCACUGGGCCGGGACGGAGGAGCUGCUGAAAGAGCCGCUGAAGGGCGUCGCCAGUUGCAUAGAGGAGUGCGGCAAGGAGACAAAAGAGCAGAUCCAUCACUUGACCGAUGUCCUGAUUCCCACCCUCCAUGAGUAUGCUCUCUGCACUGAGACACUGAAGGCUGUGAUGAGACGACGAGACAACAUCCAAGCCGAGUUCGAGACAAAGAACGAAGCCCUGGCGUCCAGAAAAGUGGACCAGGAAGCACUGCAGCAGGAGGUGGACUGCCUGGCGGACCGGGUGGAACUGGCCAACAACGCGCUCCGAGGAGACUGGACUCGCUGGCAGAACAGCAUGCGGUCUGAGCUGAAGUCGGCCUUCGUCUCCACCGCCGAGAAGAACGUGGACUACUACGAGAAGUGCUUGGCGGUGUGGGAGACCUUCCUCAUGUCUCAGAGGUCGGAGCCCGGCAAGCAGUAGGUGCAGGGCCCUGUGAGUCCAGGUCCAUCUUCGCCUGUCUUCCAUGAAAACCAAGCACUUGUUCCUUCUUUUUAAGUCUCUGACCAAAACUGCCAGGUCAUUCCAGAGAUGCUUGAAAUCAGCGGCCUGUGUGUGUGCACGUGUGUGUGUGUGUGUGCGCGCGCACAAGUGUGUGAGCUGAGGUGUGUUUAUGUAAAAUAACAGAGAGAGAAGCCAAAUGUUUCAGAGUCCAAGAAAGUCAAUGAAAGCCAGCGUCACGGGAGCGGAAACGCGGUGCUACUCAUGUGCUAACUGUGUAUUAGCAACAUGCUAACCAAACAUGAAGCUGCUAACGCGGACGAAAAGCAAAAUGGUGGAUUUUGAAAAACGUUCUGGCUUUGUUGGCUAGCAUGACAGAUUGCUACACCUCACAGUAAUCGAGAAAUACAGUUCACUGUGUCAAGUGACGGUCGCUAAAAAACAAAAAAGUGCCUGCAACUUUAAGCAUGCUAACUGAUUAGCAUGACGUUUAGCUACUCCCGAUGUAGCGUUUGGGAUGUCUAGAAUAUAUAAAGUGUAAAAGUUUGUGCCGCUAUUCUUUAAUAGCAUCUGCAAGUGUUAGCAGUGUCAUUUCUAGUUAGCAUGUUGCUCUUGAGACCAGCAGUUGCAGAUACAUCCCUAAGAAGUGCCAAAAACUACAAAAGAAGCCAUAACAUUAUGACCAUCUGAUCCAUUCGCCAAGGGAGGUGGUCGUAAUGUAAUGGCUCACACUAACAUGGUCAUCGUGUGCACAAUGUGCCUGUGAUGGAGGACCAAAGAAUGCCACGGCCGACCCCCCGAAACUUCCAAGCAGUCCUCCCAGCGUCUCAGCCGCCGCCUGGUUACGUAACUCUGCAGCAGAUGUGGGGUUUAUCAAAUUAGCCGCGGGAAACGGUGAGGAUGAUGAUGUAUGACUGCGGUUUCCAUGGCGACCAUCACGAGAGCCGGAGCGCCUGCUCAGCUGCGACCUUGAGUCUGCCGACUGAAGUUUACACAUGUGAUGAGCUGCAGUGAUUUCUGACAUCACACUCUCUUUUCGCUUGUUAUUCUCAACUGUAAAAGGAAAAAGUCAAAAUUGUGCUUUUUUUUUUUUAUGUAAUAAAGA